AUGUGUCAUCUUAGUACAACGAUAUUAGAUGAUCAAUCAAUGAAGAUUCGCAUAUUGAAUAAUAAAUAUAUUGUAUCGCUUGAUAUCAAUACUUCACGUAAACGACUUCCUGUUAAUAACGACGAUAAACCAUUGACAUCAACAAUGAGUGAAAUGCGUCGAGCUUCAAUAGGAUCAAAUAAAGAACCAUCGACAUCAACUAUGAAUGAAAUGCGAUCAAAUAAAGAACCAUUGGCAUCAACUAUAAAUGAAAUGCGUCGAGCUUCAAUAGCAUCAAAUCAAGAACCAUUGGCAUCAACUAUGAAUGAAAUGCGUCGGGCUUCAACAGCAUCAGAUCAAGGAGCUUCGGUUUCUUCUUCUUACGUUAAUAUCAAAACCAAAUGGCAACAACAUGGAAUUACCAUUGCUGGAGGAAAUCGUCAAGGCAAACAAUUAAAUCAACUCUCUUCUCCUUAUGGUAUCUAUGUUGAUGAUGAUGAUCAAUGUAUUUAUAUUGCUGACUGUGAUAAUCAUCGUAUUGUUGAAUGGAAAUAUAAUGCAGAGACUGGUCAAGUUGUUGCAGGUGGAAAUGGGUAUGGAAAUCGUAUGGAUCAAUUGAAUGGACCAACUGAUGUGAUUGUUGAUCAACAGAAUGAUUCUCUUAUCAUUUGCGAUUUAGGAAAUAGACGAGUGGUACGAUGGCCUCGUCGAAAUGGUACAAAAGGACAAACAAUCAUUUCUGAUAUUGAUUGUUAUAAUCUAACAAUGGAUAACAAUGAAGAUCUUUAUAUCUCUGACUUUGAGCGACAUGAAGUGAAACGAUGGAAAAUAGGAGACACAAAUGGAACAAUUGUAGCAGGUGGAAAUGGAAAAGGAAAUCAUCUCAAUCAACUCAAUCAACCUACUUCUCUCUUCGUUGAUCAAGAUCAUUCAGUCUAUAUAUCGGAUUGUGGGAAUCAUCGUGUGAUGAAAUGGAUGAAAGGUGCAAAGGAAGGGAUUAUUGUUGCUGGUGAACAAGGUGAAGGGAAUAGUUUGGCACAAUUGUCUUAUCCUGAAGGAGUGAUUGCCGAUCAAUGGGGUCAUGUCUAUGUGGCUGACUCUUAUAAUCAUCGAAUAAUACGUUGGUUAAAAGCAUCUAAAGAAGGUCGGAUUAUCGUUGGUGGCAAUGGAAAAGGAGAAAAACCAAAUCAGUUCAAUCUUCUCAGAGGUUUAUCAAUCGAUCGUCAAGGUAAUCUCUAUGUCGUCGAUAAUUCGAAUCAUCGAGUACAAAAAUUUGAAACUGAUUUAAAUUGA